AUGGCAGAAUACCCGCCGAGGAGUUGCGGCCCUUGUCCCCACAUAGCCCACUUCGGUUCCAAAGGGGACGCUCCCGAGAGAGACUGGCUCAGUACAAACACAGUGCCAAAACCGCAGCUGGAAUAUAAGACUGAACAUAAGCUGAACGAACGGCAAUUGGCUACGACAGGUACGUAUUUGAAUCCCGACUUAACAAUAAACCCCGUUCCCGAAGUAAAAUUGGACAAAUUACCGAAAAUGGACGAAACCGAAGGGUACAAGGGCGGCAUCCCGCCGUGCACAAUGAACAUAGAACCCCCCGUUUGCUGCCUACCAGGAGCAGACCCCAAGCAGCGAGGCUUCAUCCCCGACGGCUUCCAAAUUUGCAAAGAAAAACGCGAGAAAGCAAAACAACUCAAAGACCACUUAACAAAGAAAGACCCCUGCAUCACACCAGAGAAAAUGCACCGAGAAGUGGGUAAAACGAUACCCGAAAAACCCCAAGAAGAACGUCCCCUACGCAGAGAAGACACCGCGCUUCCCUGCUACAUGCCCCAACCGCAAGACGCUCUACCGAUCAAGCUCGAAAAACACAUGGAGCCCGUGGGCCCAUGGGCCACUGGUCGUGUGGACUGGGGCCCCUUGUCCGGCCUGACGGGCAUCCGGCCUAUAGUGGACAAAUACUCCAUACAAAGAUACAGCGAGGGGGAAUGGCGCGAGCACAACAAACAAGAACUCGAAGCGGCCGCUCGCGAAAUGCACCGCGCCAAUUUGAUCAACUGGAACGGCCAGCAGUGCUUGCAGCAAGUCUUCGCCGACGCCGACAAAAACCAAGGAGACAACACCAAAAGAUUGGAGCAGAGAGAACUGGAGAUACACCGGUGGAAGUGCGAGGCCGAGCGAGCCAUCGGAGCGGCCACCGAGGAGCUGUGCUUCCUGGAGGAGCAACGCCACCGGCUCAGGGACACCUUCAGCGUGCUGAACCUACUCGGUUUCAUCGCAGGCGAGUGCCUCGAUCGCAGGACCAGCAGGAUCGACUCGGACGUGGUGCGCGACGUCGUCGAAGACGCCCUCAUCAGGGAGCUCACGCUCAUCAAGGAGGUGAAAGAGCUGUUCACCAGGACCCUCAAGGACGUCGAGCACCAGUUGAACGAGAGCAAGAACGCCAAGGCGCGCUUGGAGUACGACUGGAGCGAUAAAUUGGACGCGCACAAACUGGACUCCAUCAAUAUGGCGUUGAACACGCGAUCGACCAUUCUCAUGUUCAAGCCGGGCGCCGUGUGUUUCCCGGAGGAGCAAUCGACGCCGGAGUACUGGGAGCACUUCACCAGGGAGACGGUGAUCGCCGGCGAGGCCACCAGACAGCGAUCGGAGAUGCUCAGGAAUACGGUCAAUAACGUUAUAUUGAACGCCGCUAGGGAUUUGCGAUCGCAGGCCGAUAAAGUCGAGGAGGCGCUCACUAAACGGAUAGCUUGCACUCGGGAGAUUUUGAAUCGCAUGGAGAACGAUUUGAAGAACGUGCUUAGAAGGAUCGCCGAUAUAGAAAUGUUGAUAAACGAGCUGAUGAACGGGCUGAGAUCGCUGGAUAUACCGGUGAAGAAGGCGCAAACUCGACUGGACAAUCGCUUGAAGCGGCCCAGAGUGGAGAAUUGCAGGGACGCCGUGCAUUUCGGUUUAAUGGAGGAGUGCAAAACUUUAGGUGAAUCCGUGGCCGCGGUGACGGCCCAACUGAACCAGGCCAAAGACUCGUUGGCGAAGCUGGUGAAAGUCCGGCAGGAUUUGGAGAGGGAGAUCAUGAUCAAAAGGAAGACGCUCGAAAUCGAUUGCGAACGAACGAAUAGAUUUAGAUCGUUUUAUCCGUCCGUCGCCGCUUUAACUGGACGAUAG